AUGAAGAAUACCGUCUUACUUAGGAUUACCAUCGUAUUGAUGAUUUUCAAUGAUUUACAUAGUGAAGUACAUGGAAGUUCUAGCGAAAAAUACUCAUCUCUAUGUGUUUGCUAUUCGACACCGAACGAACUUUUUCUUUCUAUAGUAUCACUAUCACGACAUAAUGAUACCUGUUCUGUUCGUCAAUGUCAUCAAGGUCAUUUUCAUCCACCAUUAUUCCAUCUCACUCAACUAAUACCACAACUUGUUAAUCAUUCACAUUGUCUUCGAGAUUUCCAGUGUCUUCAUUCUCUAGAUACUCCUGAACAUUGCAAUCAAUGCUAUAUCUCGUCAUCGUUAAUGGUUCAUAAUCAUUCUUUCCAAUCGGAGAGUCUUCCGAUGAGCACAUGUUUUCACCUUUGUCAAUAUGACCCAUCGUGUGGCAUUCUUUGUCUGAAUGAACAAAAAACAGUGGCGUUGAGCUGUUACGGUUGUCAAAGUCUGCGGUCGCAUAUCAGCUGCUAUUGUAUUCAAGCCAAUCCAUUGGCACCAGGUUCUCCGAUCGUAGUUAAAAGCACUAAGAAACGAUGGAUGGAAAAACUUGGUUUACCGGCCGCUGGUUAUCUUCUUUUACUUAUUUUAUCUGUCAUUCCGUUAUUCAUCGUCAUUAAACUUAUCUAUCAACAAUUAGACCGAUGUCAAAACGGAUCAAUCGACCGGCGCACACAUGUACAUGCGAACCAAAAACUGUUCCACCGACCGUCUGCUGCAGUAUGA